AGAGAGGAGUGGGAGGCAAAACUUGCAUCCAUGGAACUGGAGUGGAGAGGUAAUGCGCAUCAAGGCAACAACUAGACUUCUACAUUUAAAAGUUGCUGAGAAUCAACUUGGGGUAGUUUUAGAGAGUAGGCAAAUCAAGUGUCGAAGUCUGGUGCGCAAAACGUUGUUUUCUGACAGGGCAAAUUGACCUGAUCGCAAUGCUACCAGCUCGCUGGCGAGGGAAGAGCGCUCCCUUUCUCCCAGCCCAGUGGAUUGUAGCAAAUUCUAUUGUGAUGCUAAAGUAGUGUCGGAGGAGGAAGAGGGGCUGACAAACGAUCAAAAGUGAAUCUAUCUACAUUUUCAGUAAACAUUACUAUUUUUUGUCGUUUGUUCUAUCCAUUUAAUGUUAUUUUGUGGACUGUUUAAUUUUCAUCACUUGUUGCUGACUGUUGGAACGAAAGUGAACUUGUUUAAACUAGACUGCCGUUAGAUUGGCAAACCAUGUUUCAUUUGCUGACUUAAUAUUCGGUGAUGCUAGGAAAUGAUUUAUCCUUCAGGAGUGGACUUUCCCCUCUUGCUAUGCUCUUCGGGAAGACUUUAAGAAAAGGAGAAGAUAAAAAUCGGUUCUUCCAUCUUAUCGGCUUCAUUUCCCCUUUGCAGUGGGUCUGUUGGACUGAAUAGGACCGAGCCACCAGGCUAGGCUACCUCGGCGGUGCUAGUGAUUAUGGAUAGCAGUCUCCCAAGCUACAGCACAGUCAUACACCGAGGAAAGACGCUGCUUCUGGAGGCUCGGCUCCUGGGUGGGGCACCCUGGGGGUUUCAGCUCAAAGGAGGUCUGGAACAUGGAGAGGAGUUAAUCAUCUCAAAGGUUGAGGGAGGUGGGAAGGCAGAUCUGUUGGAACACCCUCUGUUGCCAGGGGACCAGGUGGUUGUCAUUAAUGACGUGGAACUCAGUGGAUUCAGGCAGGAAGCCGUCUCAUUGGUCAAAGGAUCCUACAAGACUCUCCGACUCACUAUCCGCAGGGAGUGCUGCCCAGGCUCCUGCUGUAGUGACCCCACCCUCACCCCACUGACCCUGCCCAACCUCACCCCCCUACCCAUCGGCCCUCCCUCGGACCACCACACCCCCCUCUCCUCCGUUCACGGACCCCCCAGAGAAAAUCGAGGAGGAUGUUCUGGAGGAGUUAAACUACGCAUCAAAAACAGACGCAGCGAGCCUGUCUCCAGACCUCACUCGUGGCACGCCACCAAGCUAGGCGAGGGCCAGCCAGACCCCAGCAUGAUGCAAAUAUCCCAGGACCCUCCUUGGCAUCACACCUACCCCUCCAGUGCGUCUACUACAGACCUGUCGGGCUACGACCCAGGUUACCUGAGGAAGAGUCCAGAUCAGUACAGUUCUAGAGGAAGUAUGGAGAGCCUUGGGGAGCACCACGGCCACCCAGCCUACAGCUCUUCCUGCCACCAGCUGUCUGCCUCCAAGUCCUCCAACAGCAUGGACCACCUUCACAGCAAGAGAGACUCAGCCUACUCCUCCUUCUCCACCAGCUCUAGUAUCCCAGAGUACCUUGCGGCCGCUCCGACCUUUGGUAAGGAGAGAUCGUACUCCAUGGAGACAGUUCCGCAGAGGGGCGGGAUUAGUGGAGGGGGUGGGGCCGGGGCGGAGGGAAUGCAGCAAGCUGACAUCCGAUAUGUCCGUACGGUCUACGACCCCCAGCAGGGCGGUGCUCAGGAGCACGAGGUUAGCUCCGCCUCUGCUGCGUUGCUACGCAGCCACGAGACUGGCAGGGCGGGGUCUUGUAGUGUGGGCGGGGCCGCCUGUUACCGCGCCACCAGUAGCAGUAGUAACAGCAGUGGCGGAAGCAGCGGUGGUGGUAACCAUGGUAAUAACCCCAACCGUCACAGUGUUGGGCCCAUUUGGGGUCAGAGCGCCAGCCGCAGUUCCUAUGAGAGCCUGAAGGGGGCGCCGGCUCCUCCCAUGCGGAGCGACAGCUACGCGGCUAUCAGGAACCAUGAGAGACCAAACUCGUGGUCCAGCCUGGAUCAGGCUCGCUCCCUCAGGGCUCUCCACAAGGGGUCCACCUCCUCCUGGUACCACUCCUCUGGCUCCGUGGCCUCCGGCUCGGGGAAGGGCUCCUUCGGGGCAGAGGGCCAGCUCCACACCGUCAUAGAGAAGAGUCCUGAGAGCAGCCCUACCACCAAGCCCAAACAGGGUGUGGGUCAGGGCUUCCCGCCGCCCCCCGAGCCCCAGCAAACAUCCACCCAGUCUGGCUGCCUCAUGCUGCCCCAGGGCAUCUACCCUGUACCCCCACCGGAGCCUCACUAUGCCCAGAUGCCCACCAGCAGCCCCAACCCCAGCAGCAUGUACCCAGCCCUGGCCAGGGAGAGCAGUCUGAGCAGACAGAGAGAGCUCCAGGGGUUAAGGCUGGGGGUCAGUGUGGAUACAGGGAUGGCGGUAGUGGUUGAGAAUGGAUACCAAAGAAACCCCUCUAUAUCCUCCUAUGUCACUUCCUCUGGCCAGCCUCAGCAUCCUGACUUUGCUCAGCCUCCACCCAAACAGCCAGCUCAUCCAACCCAACCCACAGACAGAGUGGGGGGAAAGUCAGGGUACGAGGAGACCCAAACUAAACUGGGUCUCUACAGGUCUCAUCUGAAGGGAGAGGGACAGACCGUAUCCCAAAGGCAGAGCCAGAGGAGCCAAGGACAGGGACAGGGUCAGAGCCAGGAUCAGGGACAGGGUCAGAGCCAGGGACAGGAUCAGAGCCAGGGACAGGAUCAGAGCCAAGGCCAGGGACAGGGUCAGGGUCAGAACCAGGGUCAAGGACAGGGUCAGAGCCAGGGACAGGGUCAGAUCCAAGGCCAGGGACAGGGUCAGAGCCAAAGUCAGGGUCAGAGCCAGGAUCAGGGUCAGAGCCAAGGCCAGGGUCAGAGCCAAGGCCAGGGACUGGGUCAGAGUCAAGGCCAGGGUCAGGCGUCCAGACCCUCCUCAGUCCAGUCUAUAGGCCAGUCUAUAGGCCAGUCUAUAGGCCAGGAGAGAAGGGACCCAUACACGCCAGUCCAACCGCGGGGAGAGAGGCUACCCAGGUACUCCCAGGGCUCAGAGAGCUGCCCUGAGCACCACCGACAGGGCCAGGUCAGGGAGGAAGGGCAGGUCAGACACACAGAGCCCAGGCCCCACGCUACUCACCCUGUGGCAGGCACCACCAUGCCCAGUAAGAUCGCACAGGGACAUGUUCCCCAGGGGAGCAACAGCAGUAGUACCCCAGCACAAGUGUCUGACCAGCGGGUAGAGCAGAGGGCCCAGGGGCCUGAGCAGCAGGUAGAGCAGAGGGCCCAGGGGCCUGACCAGCAGGUAGAGCAGAGGGCCCAGGGGCCUGACCAACAGGUAGAGCAGAGGGCCCAGGGGCCUUUCCAGCAGGUAGACCAGAGGGCCCAGGUGUCUGACCAGCGGGUAGAGCAGAGGGCCCAGGGGCCAGACCUUCAGGUCAAUGACCAUAGAUCCAGGUCCCCCCUCUGGUACUACAGCGAUCCAAUUCCCCCCCAACCGCAGAGGGACCAGAGGGGACCAGAACACCCCCUGACCCAGCUGCAGAACGUCCUAGCAGAUGUCCAGUGUUGUGAUAGUCCAGAGAGCUCCGCCAACAGCCAGAGUAGUCACCAGAGGAGCCUCUCUGUUCUGGAGAAAGUAAACCGCUUCGAGGGCCGCGAGCAGAGCCAUAGGCAGGGGAAGCAGAGGAGUAAAAGCACCAGCGCCAACCACACCAACCCGAGGCCCUGCUCCUCCCGUCCAACCCAGCCCCAGUCUCAGCCCCAGUCUCAGCCCCAGUCUCAGCCCCAGUCUCAGCCCCAGUCUCAGCCCCAGUCUCAGCCCCAGUCUCAGCCCCAGUGUCAGCCCCAGUCUCAGCCCCAGUCUCAGCCCCAGUCUCAGCCCCAGCACCAUGAGAGGGCUGGUAUGGAUGACCUGCGUAGCACGCUGGAGAGAACUAGCAUCCCCAGCAUCACCUGCAGAACACUGAGCUCCUCCUCUAGCUCACAUCAUGGGAAAACAACGGUGGCCCACGAGGGUCAUCAUUACGUAGAGCAGCAGAGGCCAGGGAGUUGUGACCAGACCCAGAGCUCCAGGUACCCCCAUCACCACCACCCUAAUCCCCAGGACCCUCGCCCUGGCUCGGCCCUGCAGAGGAGCAGGAGCACCUUCCAACUGGGGAGCCAGGAGGGCCACAACAGAGACAGGGAUGGGGACAGAGAGUUCCAUUGGAGGGAUGACCUGCAGGACCUACUGGGGACCAUCCAGGACACGUCCUUUAACCGGGCCUACAGAAACAGUAUCAAGGACGCCCAGUCCAAGGUGCUCAGAUCCACCUCCUUCAGACGCAGGGAUCUGGGAAUCAGCGUCAACAACCACUCCCCUCCCAUCCCCGCCAAGCACUUAUCUCUGGAGAGGAAGGGACCUAAGACCAGCCCCAAACCCUCCAUUGUCUCCACUACUGUCCAAGCCUCCAACCGAGCCCUUGCCCUAGCUACCUCACCUCACACCCCUAAAGAGAGGCUUACGGUCACUGUCUCAGACCCAGUCCCAAUCCCAGCCCCAGCCACCUUUCUCUCGCCUCACACCCCUAAAGAGAGGCUUACGGUCACUGUCUCAGACCCAGUCCCAAUCCCAGCCCCAGCCACCUUUCUCUCGCCUCACACCCCCAAAGAGAGGCACGUUGUCACCCCAGAGCCCGAUAGGUUCGGUCCCCCAGAGCUCCUCAGCGUCCUGGCCAUGGGCCCACCAGUCCCGGCCCGUAUCGGUGGGCGUAAGCGACUCACCAUGGAGAAGAAGAAGAGGUCCUACUCCGAGCCUGAGAACAUGCAUGAGGUGGGGUUGGAGUCUGACCCAAGGAGGACUAGCCAGCACCAGCUGUUCCUUUUACCAGGUACAGAGACCAGCGUGGCGGACCGCAGAAGGAUGUUUGAGAUGGCUGCCAGUCGCAGCCUGAGCUCCAGCUCCCAGGCUCCCCAGUGUCUCCAGGGCUCCCAGGCUCCCCAGGGCCUCCAGGGCUCCCAGGCUAGUCUAGCCGUGUCCCGGCCGGAGCUCCGGCAGCUGCAGCAGGACGCCCUGGCCGACUACAUGGAGAGGAAGAGAAGCUGGAGGACAGACAGGGAUAGGGACAGGUCAGAGGGAGGGCGCGCCCACCGUGACCGCCCUCACAGCGCCUACCUGCAGCCCUUUACAGACACCCGGAGUGUUUCUUCAACCUCCACCACCAGCCUAGCCUCUCUUCAGGAGCCUCUUGGUCAAGACAGCAGUCUUUCUGGUGGGGGAAGGCUCUGCUCCACCCUGCCUCCUGGCCUCCAGGGCUUCUAUCCAGGCAGGGUCACUGCACCACGCAUCCAGGCCAAGGCCCCAGCCUCAAUGUCCACCACCCACCCAGACACCUCGGGAUUCCACAGGCUACUGGAGGGAGAGCUGCCCAGAUCCAGCCUUGGUAGAGAAGAACCAGCCCAGGACUAUGAGGCACUCCAAAGCCAGGAGUUUUUCCUGCGAGGCAAUGGAGCCUUUGAGAGGGCAGUUCCAGCCCGGAACUCUGGCAAGUCAGCCUCUGCGGAGGACCUGCUGGAGCGCUCUGAGAGGCCUGCACCCCAGCACUUCAGAUCUCGCUCCUCGCCCUCUGGCGAGAGGCUAAAUCAGGACUUCAUGGCAGGAGGAGAUCUGAGGAUGUAUGGGAUAUUCUCUACCGAGCCCAGGCUUUUCACAAACAACGACAACAACAGGUCCAUGGACAACCAGCAUCCUGACAGACCGGUCUCUGCCUCCCAGUCCAUGUCCCAGUCCCAGUGUGCAGAUACCCACUUACUACUGACCCAAAGCCCGUUCCAAAGCAACACCCCUGUGAUGAGGAGAGAUAGACUGAAGAACCCCGACCGCCAGCGGGCCCUUAGUGCCUCCAGCUUGGCUGCCUCUGUAGGUCUCCCCUGCCCCUUCUCCCCCCCAGGCACCAGCCCUACUAUCAGCUUGGACUGGCAGGCCAAUGAGAGGUUGAGCCAGGCCAACCUGGACGCCAUAGCCUUCCCAACCCUGCUGCAGACCGCCACACUCGGGACCAUGUCCCCAGAGGCCCAGGUUCACCCAGAGGUCAGAAGAAGCCCCACAGAACAUCUACAGCAGGCCAUGGCCCAGGGCCAGAUCCAGGGCUCCUUAGACACCAGCACCUCAGAGGAGGAGACCCUGAAAGACUUCCCCAGACAGAAAGAGGGGCCUUGCCCUCAAGCUUCAGCCGUUACACCAAAGACCAACCCACCCCUCGUCCUACCCAAAGCCUCCCCACCACCACCCCCAUUUAAAACCUCUCACAGACCACACACCCUGCUCUCCCUCCGCAUCUCAGAGUCCACUCUGCAAGAGACCUCACCCCUACAAGUAGCUCCACACCUAGCCCCUCCCACAGUCUCACUACAGGACUAUGACGAGGUAUUCCUCCAGGAACCGGCCCCUCCCUCCCCUAUUCCUCCCCCGCUGCCAAUCAGGGAGACGGACAUCACAGAGUACUUCCCUCCGCCGCCUCCCCCUCUCCUGCCCCCCUCCUCACUCCCAGACAGAGAGGAGAAGGAGGAGGAGAAUCAUCAUGGACCUGGGCUACAGCACCUCAACAGCUGUGAGUUCCCAUUUCUCCCCUCCCCCUGCCGUCAGACAGUCCCCCCCUCUAUCCCCCUGUCUGUCUCUCCGAGGCCAAGCCUUACCCCUGAGCCCCAGCCUGAGACCCCCACCACCCUCAGCAGCAGUUUCCCAGAGCCCCAGCAGGGGCCUAGCGGUGAGGAAAGCCUGGGGCAAGAGUACCAUCUCCCGGCCAGGAGGGAGAGGUCUGCUGGGGAGCUGAGGGUGGAGGCCCUGGCCAGACAGCUGGUGUCCCGGGGGGAUAAGAGCCUGACCCCGAUGCUGGACAGCUGGGCAGAGGGCGGACGGACCAUGGACCUAAUGGAGGAGAUCUUCCCCGUGGGGGGAGGGAGGUUGCUGUGGCAACGCCGCAGGACCAGCACCUGUCUGGAGGACAGAAGUCAAGAUGGUGUCUGUUCUAUAGGACCCAAUCUGCUGCAGAGAACAGAGGGAGGAGGAGGAGCAGGAGGAGGAAGAGGAGGAGGCGAGGUGGACACAGAUCUGGAUGAGGAUGAGACAGACUUCAAUCAGAAGAAGGUGGAGCUACUCCAGGCCCUGACUCUGAGCAUUACCUCCUUGCGAGAGGAGAAGGAGGUUCUGGCGGAGGAGCAGAAGAGGUUCCGGGCCCUAGGGGGCCAAAUGGAGAGCCUGGUUCAGGAGCACUGUAAGCCCAACGAGAGGGAGAAGUACAAGAUGCUCAUCGGGGACAUGGAUAAGAUAGUCAACCUUCUGCUGUCUCUGUGUGGCCGGCUGGCCCGGGUCCAUAACGCUCUCUCUGCCCUGGACAGAGAGGAGGAGACAGAGGACAGCCAAGAGGAAAAGGAGUCCUUACAGCAGAAGCGCAGGCAGCUGUGUAGUCAGCACGAGGAUGCCAGGGAGCUGAAGGAGAAUCUGGACCGGCGAGAGCGUGUGGUACUGGACAUCCUGGGUGGGUACCUGACUGGGCCGCAGCUUAGAGACUACCAGCAUUUCGUCUGUAUGAAACCAGCCCUGCUGAUCCGCCAGAGACACCUGGAUGAGCUCCUUAAGCAGUGGGAUGAACAGCUCAGCAGGCUGGCUGAGAGUAUCUCUCCAGGGGAUCAUCAGGCCCAGCCCCGCUCACCUAUCCCUGGGUUGAACCCCAGCCUCGGCUCUAACCUUAGAGCUCCCAGCCCUAACCUUAGAGCUCCCAGCCCUAACCUUAGAGCUCCCAGCCCUAACCUUAGAGCUCCCAGCCCUAACCUUAGAGCUCCCAGCCCUAACCUUGGUCCUACCCAAACAGUCCGCUCCACCACUGUGACAUCACUGUGA